GGACAGACAACUCGGUAUUUGAAACGUUCGACGAUGGGUGUUACGAGACAUUUGGGAAGAGACCAUAAGCACAAGAGAGCGCUUCUUAGAAAUUUGGUCACAGCUCUCUUUGAGCAUGAAUCUAUCACCACGACACAUGCUAAGGCUAAAGAGACACAGAGACUCGCUGAUAAGCUGAUUUCGCUUACAAAGAAGGAUGAUGUCGAGCUUGCUAAGAGUCUGGCUUCAUCAGAGGUAUUCAAGCAUGGAGAGACACUUCCAAAGCUGUUUGGCGAGCUCAAAGAGCGCUAUAACUCGAGGGUUGGAGGAUUCACAAGAGUUCUUCGUCUUGAGCCAAGAUUGGGCGACAACGCUGAGCAGAGCAUCGUUGAGCUUGUGGAUGGUAAGAGAGAGAUGAAAUUCUGGAUGACUGCAAGAAUCGUUGCUAGAUUAGAGAAGCAAGGCCUUGAAAUCGACGAAUUGACUAAACAUAACGUUGACAAACUCGUCAAGAACAGACCAAACGGUACUGAGGAAUUCACACAGCUCGUGGAGAGAAUGAAGGAGGAGUUUUACAAGACCGAAGAGAGUUUGGAGAGUUUACCAUCAGAUAAUCUGAGAUCGCCAGUUCAGCCUGUGCUUAAGAACUCCAUCGAGAUUGUUCCACGUCCAACAAAAGAGUAAGAUGUGUGCAUCAUGCUCCCUCGAUAUAUAUAGAAAGCCUGUACAUAUUACCAGUUCAUCUUUUUUUAAAUACAAAUAAGGAGAUAAAGAUAGCA